AUGGAGUACACCUUCAUUAACACCACCAGGACACUCAAACCAAUCACACCGCCACCGUCCCCCCAUAGAAGACAGGGCAAUCCUCUCCCCAUGUCGUUUAUGGAGUUUCUGGCCUUGUGUCCAAGGGGGACACACUCUCUCGCAACAUUAUUUAAACGUUUCCUCUACACUCUGGACAUUGUCGAGUGUCCACCGCCAUUGGCAAUGUCCAACUCAAUUGCAGCAAAUAUGUCCAUCUCCCUCUCCAUUAGAGGCACGCGGCAUAAACUCGUUGCACAAAUCACCCUCUCCUCCCCCGAGAAGCCAGAGAGAUCUACCCACAGACUAAUCAGAAGGAAAAUACAAGAAACGUUCUCCCACUCAACACAUUUGCGUCUACCAAGCUCAUGGACAAUCUCUGCUCUAACUAUUAAACAUUAUUCAUUUGAUCCAUAG